AUGGAAGAAAAUCUCGAAGAGCAGAUUGCCCUCGCCUGGUCCCCGCCCGUGUAUGACACGGGCCGAGUACCACACCAACUGCUUUCUGCUCAGUUCCCCGAAAACACCUCAGGAGAACCCGACGCACAUAAUCAUACCAUAUUUGCUCGGUUUGCCAAAUGGUGUCCCGACGGCUCGGCCGCCCUCGCACAGUGCGAAGACAGGACAUUCAGGUUCCUGCAGCUGCCUCCUGAGCUGCUCGGAAUAACCGCAGAUGCCUCAAAACACGCCGCGCUGCCGGCAUCGAUCAUGCAGCCUUCUCCCAUACUCGACUUCGCGUGGUACCCGUCUGCUACCAUCCACGACCCUGCAUCCUUCUGUUUUGUGGCAUCGCUCCGCGCGUCCUAUCGCAUCGUUGAUCACCGGGAACGCCAGAUCGCUCCCCACAGUCUGGCAUUCAACGUGGCCGCUAGCAGGCUCUAUUGCGGCUUCGAGGACGCGAUAGAGGUCUUCGACGUCACCGUCCGGGCGAAGGCACACGUUUGCCACAUCACGCCGUCGAAAAAGAGCCGCGACGGUCUGAAAGGGAUCGUGUCUGCGCUCGCGUUCGCCCCUGACGUGUCGUCGGACCUGUACGCUGCAGGGACGCUCAACCCAUCCGCGCCGACCUCAUCAAACAUCGCACUUUUCCAAGAAGCGGCGGGAGAAGCACCGGUGAUGCUCGUCGGCGCAGAGGACACACACCCGGCCCCCGGCACGGGAUAUGGGCGUCCGCGCGAGUGUCUCCCAGCACGACCGUACCUGCUGUACGCGUCCUUCCGGCGGACGGACACCAUCUACGCCUGGGACCUGCGCGGCGACGUCACCCGCCCAGUGGCGCUCUACGACAAGUCCGCCGCGCCCAAAGGCUCCGCGCCCGCAGCGAAGACGAAGGCGAAGACGCAGACGAACCAGCGUCUGCGCUUCGACAUCGACCUCGGCGGCACGCGGCUCGCCGUUGGGGACGAGCGUGGCUGCAUUUCCGUCUUCGACCUCACUGAACCCGAAACCGCCGCGGACGCAGGCGCGCGCACCCCGGCGCUCCAGUUCCACGCGCACGGCGGUGCGUGCUCCCCGCUCCCUUCCCUUCCGCUUCCCUGCGUCUCCCUGAGAGGCGGCGGGUUCGCGAACGGGAUCCGACCCCGCUGA